GUUGUGUCCAAUAUUAGUGUACAAUUUAGGUUAUAUUUGGAUUUGCGUUGUAUUGUGGAUAGGAUACGAGUAGUACUAGAGUCAGACUCUUGUAGCAUAUGGCUUAUAUAUAAUGUGAGGGGUGUCACACAAUGUAACUCGCAAGGGGAGCUGGAGGGUUGUGUAGGCGCUCAAGGAAGCAAGGUGUUGUAAUAGUCAUGUCCCGUGGAGAAGACGAGGUCACCGAACUGCGUUAACAAAUCUUGAUGUUGUCUUCUUGUUGUGAUUGCUUGAUGCUUGGUAGAUUGAUUGUGCGCUGACUAUAACAAAUACUACCAAAGCGAGGUUGAAGGACGCAUGAAGGUUGAUGUAGAGGUGGAAGAAAAUAGAGAUGGAGCUAUGCCGGUGAUCUACAAUGGUAUAAAAGUCGUCGGUAAACACAGAUAGAGAUCCUAAACGUCUACUAAAUAGGAGUCUCGGCGCAUAGGAGCUCCCAUCAAAUAGGACUCGCCAUUUUUUUUUCUUUAGCCUUUCGCCGAUGCGUCGGACUAGUGGGCCAUAGGAGCUGGGCCAGCGGCCGGACCUCUCCCAACCCCACCGUCCUCGCUAACCUCGUCUUUGUGCGUCGGCGCCGGCGGCAGUCGGAUCCUCACCACGGGUACUUUUCGCGACUGGUUCCCUCUUCUUAUUUGUUUUAUCUAUGGACAUGAACAACGAAAUUUCAGUCCUUCCUCCCCCGCACGAUCUGGGGUGCGGACGAGAAACCAAAGAUUAUGGAAGUUCCCAUUAGCAGAUCACAAGUCUUGUUUGAAGUUUCGUAACCACCCCCUUUGUUGUUGCGGCAAGUGUUGCCAUAGCCCAUAGGUGGUAGUAUCUACGUUUUGCCUGCAUAGGUCACCCAUUCCAUCAUUCAUCGAUUGAUGGAUCCCGGACCUUGGCAGAGGGAGGGCUCUGUUUUUUGUUGUUUUUCUAAAUCUAAUUAGGAUUUGUGUUUUAUCUAGAAAGAAGUGGCGUUAGCGAUUUGCUGAAAAUGGAAUAAAAUCCUUCCGCCUAGCCUCUGUUCAUGUUAUGUAUCUAGAUUCGUCGGAGGGUGUGUGAGGUUUGUCUCCGACGGAUCUCGUUGGAUUUGGUCCGUAUUUCUUCUAAUCUACGUUUCUCUUCAUCGACGAUGGUUGCUGCUCUCUUAUGUUGGUUUUUUAGGGCCUUAACACGACAACUUUUCAUCUAUCUAGUACAACAAACUCUAUUACGACAAGAUUUGUUUGACUCCAAUAAGGAAGGGGCGAAAGUGUUUUUGGCUCUUGAUCUCCAGUGCUCUCGUCAUUUAAAAAAUACUUUUACAAGUUAUAGAAAAAUCUAAAAAUAAUUCUGGAGAUUGUGAGUGAUACAUCUCACAAUCAUGCAAAUCUCAACCUAAAAUUAUUUUUAUUUUGUGCUGGAUAAAAAAGACAAAAUCUGAUAUGGUUUAGAGAUUUGAAAUUGUACUACUAAGAUCUACACUUUUUGUUAUUUUUGUGUAGUUCAAAUUAUAAAGUAUUUGAAAUUAAUUUUUUUCACUUUUAUGGGAUACAUCAUUAAUUACAUACAUAUUUUUUCCAGAAUUUUUGAAACUUAAAUUUUUUUUUUUUGAUUUUUCUUUAAAACCGAGAGCGUGCCUAUGUGCACCAAAUCUCUAUUUCUGCCUUUGGCUCGUUCGAGUGCGUGUAGUCUUCUCUAGAUGGUCCAAAGACUUUGUUUUGUAAUUUUUCUUAUUUUACAGUUCUUGUACUGAUAUUACUAUUGUUAGCAAGGAUUGAUAGUAAAGAGGAAACAAUAAGAAAAGAAACAAGGCACCAAGAAAAAAAUGGAUUCGUGUUUUUUCGCUGAGUGUAUGUGAUUGCUUGCGGCCAGAACCUUGCUGUUCGGUUGGUGAGAUGGGGUACCCGAUCCGCCCGCCCACGUUCAGUGAACUGGUGGAGGGCACGGAUAAGUGCAAACUGGAUGCUAUGCACAAGGAAAGAGUCGAGGCGCUGAUAGUCUACGAUCCGAAGAAGGAGCUUCUCGUCCCCAGCCGAUUCUGCAGCUUCCACCUAGCCGGAUUUGACCUUGAUGAGAAGUCAAAUGUUCCACUUGGGCCACCGUAUCAACCUGACCCGUCACGGCCACGGAAGUUGUUGUCUACAUAUGUUACAACAAAUGAACAUUUUGAGAUGGCAGAUUCAUCCAUCAACGUCAUUUCCCUGAGGGUGGUCCGAGCUGGUCCUGAUUACACUUAUCCAAUUGAGGUUUAUGGUAAAGUUAUUGCGAGGGACGAGGUUGACCACAAAUGCGUCUUUCUGUUCGAUCGUGAAAGGAUGGAUGCCCAGCUCAUCAACUCGGAGAAGGAUAUGUUAGCUCUGACAGGUCCAUACCGAGCACUGGUUACAUUAGCUUGGAUGUAUUUUGAGUUCGAUCUAAAGAUCAAGGGCGAGGGUGAGCAUGAUACAGGAGUGCAGUUUAGCAAAGGUGUAAUAUCGCACUAUUACAACCCGUAUCACAAGCGCAUCAUCUAUCAGCUACCUAGUUUCCAGAGUACAGUGAAAUUGGUAUUAGAACGUGUGUCACUUCCAGUGGCAGCUAGCAUCGAAGUCAAUGUUGUGAAGGAAGGGCAUGAUGCCACAGUUGUCCACUACGAUGGUAAAAUAACAGCUGGGACUACUAGAAACUAUAGACAGCAUAUGGUUGUAUAUGAUAGUAGUGUGCCGUCUAGCGGGGGCUUGGUGAGUGGAAAUGGCUCUCUUGUGUUAAAUUGUAAUCUGGUUGCUGUCAAGGGGUAUGUAGAAGACCCAGCAUUGGAGGAAGAUGAAAAACUGGUGUUGUAUGUUUGUUUUCUUGAUGCCGGCUGUGAGAUUGAGGAUGAGGACUAUCAGAGGUCUGAGCAAGUGGAUGAUGAUGAUGAAGAGGAAGGGGAGCAAGACGAAGAGCAGGAGCAAGAUGUAGCGCAAGUGGAAGACGAAGAGGAGCAAGACGAAGAGCAAGAGCAAGAUGAAGCACAAGAGGACGAUGAAGAGGAGGAUCCUAAGAAUGUCGUCACUCUUAGAUACCCUCUACGAGAGACUAUCUGGGAGAAUGGUUCCUGCAAAUUGAAAGUGAAGGUCAAUUGGACUGCUGUUCCUGAUAUGCCGGAGCGUACUGAUUUCUUCCAUAGAUAUACUCUCCUUCCAAAGGGUUAUCAAGAGCCUGAUUACCGGUGGGGGUUUUCUAGAAUUAACUGAGUGUUUGUAUUUUCUUUAUGCUAUGUUAAUUCUGAUGGUUGAACUCUGUAAUGUUAGAGGGCAUGUCUUGUCAGGCUCUCAAAAACAAGACAAACAUGCAUCGGCCACAUUCACAA